ACAAAAACAUCUUCAAUGAUUUGCAUUUGUCGGGUCUUAUCAUUUCUUCCUCUCUCUCCGUUUUCACUCUUUUUUUCUUUUGUCUUUUCUCUUGUUUCCGAAUCCAUUUCUUAGAUCCGUAGUUCACAUCCCACAGUUUUCACUCAAUUAUCUUCCGUGAAUGCUUGAUUCUGUGUGCAGAUUUUGAUGCCAAAAUUGUUGUUGAAUAUAUAGUUUGCUUGUUAGAGUUCUGUUUUCUUCUAGACAACGGUCUGUGUGACCUGUUCUUUGAGGUAGUUUAAUUGAAGCUGCAAGGAAAUCUUCCCGAUCUUUUUUUUGUGCCUGAGGUGAUGGCAUCAGCGGGUGUAGCACCUGCUUCUGGAUUAAGAGACGUAAAUGCAAGUUCAGUUGCAGUUGAUAGGUUGCCUGAUGAGAUGAACAGCAUGAAAAUUAGGGAUGAUAGGGAAAUGGAAGAAACUGUGGUAGACGGAAAUGGGACUGAAGCAGGACAUAUAAUUGUCACUACCAUUGGUGGUAAAAAUGGCCAGCCAAAGCAGACAACAAGCUACAUGGCUGAGCGUGUUGUUGGACAUGGAUCUUUUGGUGUUGUUUUCCAGGCAAAGUGCUUGGAGACAGGUGAAACUGUGGCUAUAAAGAAGGUUCUUCAAGACAAGAGGUACAAGAACCGGGAAUUGCAAACCAUGCGUCUUCUGGACCACCCCAAUGUUGUAACUUUGAAGCAUUGUUUCUUUUCAACAACUGAAAAAGAUGAGCUUUAUCUUAACUUGGUACUUGAGUAUGUUCCUGAGACUGUCCAUCGGGUGAUCAGACACUACAACAAAAUGAAUCAAAGGAUGCCAUUGAUCUAUGUGAAACUUUAUUUUUACCAGAUAUGUAGAGCACUAGCUUAUAUUCACAACUGUAUUGGAGUGUCUCACAGGGACAUAAAACCUCAAAAUUUGCUGGUCAAUCCUCACACCCACCAGCUGAAGAUUUGUGACUUUGGGAGUGCAAAAGUCUUGGUCAAAGGGGAGCCAAACAUAUCUUACAUUUGUUCUAGGUACUAUAGGGCUCCUGAACUUAUAUUUGGUGCAACUGAGUACACCCCAGCCAUUGACAUUUGGUCAGCUGGUUGUGUACUUGGAGAGCUAUUGCUUGGCCAGCCUCUCUUUCCUGGUGAGAGUGGAGUAGAUCAGCUUGUUGAAAUUAUCAAGGUUUUAGGUACCCCAACAAGGGAAGAAAUCAAGUGCAUGAAUCCCAACUACACUGAGUUCAAAUUUCCACAAAUCAAAGCUCAUCCAUGGCACAAGAUCUUUCAAAAGCGUAUGCCCCCUGAAGCUGUGGACCUUGUCUCAAGACUACUGCAAUACUCUCCAAAUCUUCGAAGCACAGCUUUGGAGGCCCUGAUUCAUCCAUUCUUCGAUGAACUGCGUGAUCCAAAUACCCGCUUACCAAAUGGGCGUUUCCUUCCUCCACUAUUCAACUUCAAAGCCAAUGAGCUAAAAGGAGUGCCUGCUGAGAUGCUGGUGAAACUGAUUCCAUCUCAUGCUAGAAAGCAGUGUGCCUUGUUUGGAUCAUAGUGUAGCCUUAUGUAAAUAUUAUUUACUCCCUGCUUGUAGAUGUUUAUCUAGUCUGUUUCAGAUUGUUAAUAGUUUUCUCUCUCUCUUUUUUUGUCCUUUUGUUCUGUUAACUUGUUCGUCUCCUUUAUCCCCAAGAAAACCCCCUCAUCAUCCAUUUAGUUAUAUUUCUUGCCGCCUGUAGAAAGUUCUUUGAGAAGAAGCUUAAGGUUGAUUUUUCUUUAGGAUUUAAUUGGUUCCCUCACCUUUAAAGUUUAAUAGGUUAUAUUAAGUAUUAAUUAGAACUAUUGUUUAUUCAAGUAGUAUACUUGAACACUAUCACAAUGUCAUCCAGGAGAUGUUUUAAAGCUUGCUUGGUAUCCCACCCUAUAUUAUGAGAUAUUUUGUUUUUGUAAGA